AUGUCCAACAAAGCUAUUGAUAUUUUCAAUAAGAUUGAAAAUCCUAAUGAAAUUAUUUUAAAUUUGUUAUUUAAUGCAUGUGCUGAAUUAAAAACAAAUGAAGCAUUAGAUUUAGCAAAGGAAACUUCAAAAAGAAUGUCAAAAUCUUUUCAUUCAAAUCCUUAUAUAUUAUCUUCUUUCUUGGAUGCAUUAAUGAAAUGUGGUGAUAUAAAAUAUGCUCAAUCCGUAUUUGAUAAAUCAAAAGAAAAAGACUUGCCAAUGUAUGGAGCAAUGAUGAAAGGUUAUAUAAUACAUAAUCAACUCGAAGAAGUUAUUAAUCUUUUUAAAGAAAUAAAAAAUCCCAGUGAAGUAAAUCUAAUUGUUUUUUUUAAUGCAUGUGCUCAUUUAAAAACACAACAAGCAUUAGAUUUAUUAAAAAAAAUUUCAAAAACUAUGCCAAAAUCUUAUUAUUCAAAUCAUCGACUUUUAAAUGCUUUAUUAGAUGGAUUUAUAAAAUGUGGUGAUAGUUCAACUGGAGAGAUUCUUUUUUCAAAAAUGAAAAAAACUGUAGAAAAUUAUGGAAAUUUAAUGACUGGUUUUAAUCAAGAGAAUAAUCCCGAGAAAACAUUAGAUUUAUUUUAUAAAAUGAAAAAAGAUAAUAUCGAAGCAAAUAUUAUUAUUUAUCUAUGUAUUAUUAAAGCUUUAGCAUAUAUUGGUGAUUAUUCAAUGUCUGAAUCAAUUAUUAAACAAAUUCCGUAUUCUUUUGUUGUUGAUAAUCAAAUAAAAGCGGCAUUAAUUGAUAUGUGGGGAAAAAAUGGAUAUGUGGAGGAAGCAAGAGAAAUUUUUUCAAAAAUUCCUUCACCUGAUAAAUUUGCAUAUACAGCAAUGAUAAAUUCUUAUGGUUUGAACGGAAUGGGUACUGAAGCAGUUACACUUUAUUAUCAAAUGCCACAAGAUUUUAUUGAUGAAAUAACAAAUAUUUGUAUCUUAAAUGCAUGUUCACAUAGUGGACUUGUUGAUCGAGCUCGUUUUAUUUUUCAAAAUAUUCAAAAUAAAUCAGAAAGUAUUUAUGGUGCAAUGAUUGAUUGUCUUAGUCGUGCAUCUUUUUUCGAAGAAGCUCAGCAAUUGAUUUAUACAUAUGAACGUUAUCAUCCAUCCGUAUUAUCGAUGUACAUGGCAUUAUUAUCAGGUGCUCGAAAUGAAAAGAAUAUACAUUUAUCACAAAAUACUUACGAUCGAAUGAAAGAACUUUUUCCUGAUAGAAAAAAUCCAUUAAUAUCAGCUGCAGUGCUUCUUUCUAAUGUUUACGCAUCGUCAGGUGAUAUUGAUAAAGCAUCAGAUAUUAGAAUUAAAAUAAAUAAAUCAGGUUCUAAGAGAAAAAUUGGUAUCACAUGGACCGUUGUUGAUGAUCAAAUAUUCCGAUUUCGAGCACAUGAUCAAUCUCAUCCUAGAUCUAAAGAAAUUUAUGCUGAAGGUGAGAAAAUAUCAAAAGAACUUAUUGAAUAUGGUCAUCAAUACGAUUCAAGCUGGAUAACACGACCAUUGCAUGAAGACGAAACUGUUGAAUCAGUACUUUGUGGACAUAGUGAAAGACUUGCGAUUGCAUGGAAUUUUGUUGCAAAUCCAAAUACAAAGCGAAUUCAUAUGACGAAAAAUCUCCGUGUUUGUGGAGAUUGUCAUCGAUCAACAAAAUUAAUCGCUGCUAUUCGUCAAUGUGAAAUAAUCGUUCGUGAUGCUAACAGACUUCAUCAUUUCUAUACCAAUGGAAAAUGCUCAUGUAACGAUUAUUUUUAA